AUGUCGGACUCCUCGCCCUUCAAGAUGCGAUUUGUUCACCUGGACCUUAAAGGAGCCCCGCCCAAGGUCUCGUACCUCUCGGAGGUUUUCCCGCUGUUCAGUGCCCUGGGAGCCAACGGCCUCCUCAUCGAGUAUGAAGACACGUUUCCCUACGACGGCCCCCUGAGGCUGCUGAGGGCCCCGCACGCCUACAGCCCCUCCGAGGUCACGGAGAUCCUGCGUCUGGCUGCCGCGCACGAGCUUGAGGUGGUCCCCUUGGUGCAGACGUUCGGGCACAUGGAGUUCGUGCUGAAGCACCGGGCGCUCGCCCACCUCCGGGAAGUGGCGCUUUUCCCCAACACCCUGAACCCGCACAAGGCGGAGGCGCUGGCGCUGGUGGGAGCCAUGGUGGACCAGGUGCUUGAGCUGCACCCCGGAGCCCGCUGGCUGCACAUCGGCUGCGACGAGGUCUAUUACCUCGGGGAGGGCGAGGCCUCGAGGCAGUGGCUGCAGCAGGAGCAGAACACCACGGCCACGCUGUGUCUGUCCCACGUGAAGGCCGUGGCCAGCCACGUGCGGACCCGGCACCCGGCCACGACGCCGCUGGUGUGGGACGACAUGCUGCGGGACAUCCCCGAGGACCAGCUGUCAGCGUCCGGGGUGCCGCAGCUGGUGGAGCCUGUGCUCUGGGACUACGGGGCCGACCUGAACGUGCAGGGCAAGGUCCUCCUCAUGGAAAAGUACCGGAAGAGCGGCUUUCCCCGGAUGUGGGCCGCCAGUGCCUUCAAGGGGGCCACGGGGCCGAGCCAGGCCCUGCCCCCCGUCGAGUACCACCUCCAGAACAACCUGCGGUGGCUGCAGGUGGCGGCCCAGGGGCAGAAAGACACCCUGCAGGGCAUCGUCCUGACAGGCUGGCAGAGGUACGACCACUUCGCGGUGCUGUGUGAGCUGCUGCCCGUGGCCAUCCCGUCCCUGGCCGUGUGUCUGCAGUCGCUCCUACACGGCGGCUUCUCGGAGGAUGUGCAGGCGCAGGUGCAGAACCUGCUGGGGAUCCCCACCAUGGAAGUCGCCGAUGUCACAAGCGAGGGGGUCGGGUCCUUCCCCGGCAGCGACAUCCUGGCCCUCGUCACGCACGUCAGCCUGGACCUGCGCAGCUCCGUGGACGAGGUGCUGCGGAGGGAUAGGUACGUGACUGGCUGGUUCAGCCACUACCACCGCCGGCGGAAGCUCGUCCACCCGGUCAUGAUCCAGCACAUCCAGCCCCAGGCACUCAGUCUCCUGGGCAGGUGGAGCGCCCUCGCGCAUGAGCUGGCGGCCGCCCUGCGCCGUGUGUUCCCCGAGGGCGCCGUGGAGGAGUGGCUGCAGGAGAACGUGCACCCCAGCUUAAAGCAGCUGCAGGCGCUGCUGCAGGACCUGCAGGCUGCCAGUCCCCCACCCCCACCGGCCAGCCCCCCGCCAGCCAGCCCCAACGGCCCCGCCAAUGCUGACCAGGGCCCCUGA